CUGAAAAUAAAAAAAUCGAACAAACCCAGAUCAACUAUUCCUCAUCGCAGCGCCACGCUUCCUCUCCUUGUUGCUCUCUGCCCCUCUUCUCGCCGGAUUAGCGCUUGAGGUUUUAUGGGGUUCCCCUUUUAUCUUUAGCGGCAAUGCUGAAUUUUGAAGGGGGGAAAAUGCGCCGGAGUUCUGGGUAAGGUUACCCGCCGGAGGUCUAGGAAAGGGAGAGUUCUGCCGGAAUCUGGGUGAAAAUAGAGUUGGGACAAGAGAUUGAUGGAGAGAGGAGGAUGAUUUAAUAAUAAUAAUAAUAAUAGGGUAAUUGGUGUUAUUUAAUAGGACGGGUAAUAGGGACCACAAACUUUCCCAAAAUUGACAAUCAUACCAGCACUUGAAAAAACAUUGACAACACAAAAUCACCAUCUUCCUCUCUCCUCUCCUCUCCUCUCAAGGUCUCCUCCAUCAUUCAUCAUCACACCUUCUAAAACCGUGAUCCAAAUGGCCCCACUUCCGUCGGAAAACGGCGUCGACGGCGAUGACGAACGAGACGAAGAAGAAGACGACGAUUUAUCAGAAGAUGAAGAAACCACAACAAUUGCUGAAGAAGAAGAGCCGAAGCUCAAGUACCAGAGAAUGGGCGGCAGCUUAUCCUCUUUGUUGUCGACUGAUGCCGCAACUUGUAUUUCAGUUUCCGACCGUAUGAUCGCCCUCGGCACUCACUGCGGUGCCGUUCACAUUCUUGAUUUCCUCGGCAAUCAGGUGAAGGAAUUUCAUGCACACAAGGCUGCUGUAAAUGACCUUAGCUUUGAUAUAGAUGGCGAAUAUAUUGGGAGUUGCUCAGAUGAUGGAUCAAUUGUUAUAAGCAGUCUCUUCGCUGACGAAAAACGCAAAUUUGAGUAUCAUAGACCAAUGAAGGCAAUAGCUCUUGAUCCUGAUUAUGCAAGAAAAUCGUUAAAAAGAUUUGUGGCUGGUGGAUUAUCUGGUCAAUUGAUAUUCUACACCAAGAAGUGGUUUGGAUAUCAGGAGCAGGUAUUGCAUUCUGGUGAGGGUCCAAUACAUGCAGUGGCAUGGAGGACAAGUUUCAUUGCUUGGGCUAAUGAUGCAGGUGUGAAGGUUUAUGACACUGCCAAUGAUCAGCGUGUGACUUUUAUCGAGAGACCACGAGGAAGUCCACAUCCCGAGCUCUUGCUCCCGCACUUGGUUUGGCAGGAUGAUGAACUUUUGAUUAUCGGCUGGGGCACAUCAGUGAAGAUUGCUUCUCUAAGGGGUAAUCAACAUGGAAGAGGGAAUGGGACCUACAAUCCUGUGUAUGUAUUAAGCUCAAACCAGGUGGAUAUCGUUGCAUCUUUCCAGACAAACUAUUUUAUUUCAGGCAUUGCUCCAUUUGGUGAUUCUUUGGCUAUUCUAGCCUAUAUCCCUGGAGAGGAAGAUGGAGAGAAAGAUUUUAGUAGUACAGCUCCAUCACGGCAGGCUAAUGCACAGAGGCCAGAAGUACGCAUUGUUACAUGGACUAAUGAUGAGCUGGCAACUGACGCUUUACCAGUUCAUGGUUUUGAACAUUAUAAAGCAAAAGACUACUGUCUUUCACACACUCCUCUCACAGGAAGUAACUAUAGUAAUGGCCGAUGGGCUGCUGGUGACGAACCACUAUACUAUGUUGUAUCCCCAAAAGACAUAGUAAUUGCAAAACCAAGGGAUGCUGAAGAUCACAUCAAUUGGCUUCUUGAGCACGGAUGGUAUGACAAAGCUCUAGCAGAAGUUGAAGUAACACAAGGACGAAAGGAACUUUUUGAAGAGGUGGGAUCUAGGUAUCUUGAGCAUUUACUUGCUGAGAAAAGAUAUGUUGAAGCUGCAGCUUUGUGUCCCAGAUUGCUGCAAGGGUCUGCUUCAGCAUGGGAAAGAUGGAUUAUUCGCUUUGCUCAGCUUCGUCAGCUGCCAAUUUUAGCUCGUUACAUGCCAACUGAGAACCCUAAACUCAGUGAUACUUUAUAUGAGCUUGCCCUUGUGGCUCUUGCAUUGAAUCCUACGUACCACAAGGAUUUCUUAUCAGCUGUGAAGUCUUGGCCGCGAUCAGUUUACUCUGCCUUGACUAUUUUGUCAGAGAUUGAGCCUCAACUUAGAGCUUCCUUGAUGACCGACGACCUGAAGGAGGCACUGGCAGAGUUAUACGUGAGAACCGGGCAAAACGAGAAAGCAUUUUCAUUCUUUGCUGAUCUGUUGAAACCAGAAGUUUUCGACUUCAUUGAGAGACAUAGCUUGCAUGCCGCUGUUCGUGAAAAGGUUGUCCAGCUGAUGAUGCUUGACACCAAACGUGCAACAUCCUUGCUGAUCCAGCAAAGGGAGCUGAUUACCCCAUCUGAUGUAGUGUCACAGCUUCUAAAGGCUGGAGAUAAGUGUGAUUUCAGAUACUUUUUGUAUCUGUAUUUGCAUGCUUUAUUUGAGGCCAGUCCUCAUGCAGGAAGGGAUUUUCAUGAUAUGCAGGUGGAGCUAUAUGCAGAUUAUGAUACAAAAAUGCUACUUCCUUUCCUCCGUAGCAGUCAACAUUAUACGCUGGAGAAGGCAUAUGAACUUUGUGUGAGAAAAGGUCUACUGAAAGAGCAAGCAUUUAUUCUUGGAAGAAUGGGAAAUUCAAAACAAGCCCUUUCUGUUAUCAUAAAUGAAUUAGGUGAUAUGGAAGAGGCUUUAGAAUUUGCUAGCAUGCAGAAUGAUGAUGAAAUUUGGGAAGAAUUGAUCAAGCUAUCUACCCAGAGGCCUGAAAUGGUUGGGAUGUUGCUGGAACAUACUGUUGGCAACCUUGAUCCUCUUCAUAUUGUAAAUGUUGUGCCUGAUGGACUGGAGAUACCUCGGCUUAGGGACCGAUUGGUCAAAAUCAUAACCGACUAUAGAACAGAAACUUCACUUAGACAUGGUUGUCAGGAUAUUUUAAAGGCUGAUAUUGUCAAUCUUUUGGUUAAGUACUACAAAGAAGCAAGGCAUGCAAUUUAUAUGAGCAACGCAGAGGAUGAAGCUAGAACCAAGAGAGAUGAAAAGAGAAUGGAAGAGUCCGUAACAAAACCACCAAAUUUUAAAAACAUGGAUUUGAAGUCCAAGACUAGGGUGGGAGGCAGAUGUUGCAUGUGUUUUGAUCCUUUUUCCACCCUAAAUGUCUCGGUUGUCAUUUUCUUUUGCUGUCAUGCAUAUCAUAUGACUUGUUACAUGGAUUCACUAAAUACAUAUAGUGACGAGAAAGAAGCUCGAGAUGGUUCCCUUGAUUCAGAUUAUGGUGAAUAUGAUGAUGAAGAGAAUGGUGAAAGUCAAUCAGAUUCCUCUCGGAUGCGGUGUAUUUUAUGUACUAAUGCAGCUAGUUGACUAAGAUGUUAGAUAGGGUGGUUUGUUGUAUCUUGUGUAUCUGUUUUUCUUUUUUUUUUGGUUCAUUUGCAUUUGUUCACCUUUUUGUUUGUAGCAUAAGUUUUCAGUUUUCAGUUUUCAGAUCGAGAGAGUGGGAGAGAUGCUUUGCUUGUCGUGCAACUUCCUGUGAAAGCAAGGUUUUUGGUGAUCGGAAUUCAUGAGUGUAUUAUUUAUCAAUUUUUAUUGAUGAUGGUUCAUUGUAAUAAACUUGUUUGGUCGUACUUGUUCAAAUGUAUAUUAUGGAUCUCCAAUGGAAGUUUGAACAUCUUUCAGUCAAAGAAAA